UAUUCAGAAUAUUUGCGCCAAAAUUCAUCUAAUUUAAGAGAGUCAAAAAUUAAUAUAAGACAGUCCCCCCUUUCAUUCCCCCAAUUCACGGCGCUUAGUCUUUGCACAGAACCAAAAAAUAAUUUUGAACAUGUCUAUUGUUGGGUCAUGUUUGUAAUUUACAUAUUGAUGAUCACUAGCCUUGUAAUUUACCAAAUAAGGUCAAUUAUAUGGUUUAAGGUUAAACUCCCACGACAACAGCUACAAAACGAAGUGUAACCUAUAAUUAACAAUUUUAUGUUUUAUUAAAAACUAAAAAUAUUACUAAGGUUUUAUUUCUUUACAUUGUCGGUUAUAGAUCAAGAGGAAGGUCUAUAAUUUAAAUCGUAAUAUGGACAGCCAGCAAAUUUCAAAAAUACUACGAUCAAAUGAAGAGACGGCAAAAGUUUUUAAAGGUUGUUUUCCUUGUGAUCUCAUGCCUAAUCCGUCACAUUUGAUAUACCCGGCAGCGCUUGUAGUAAACCUAGAUCGCCAUCAAUUAAAGGGUUCACAUUGGAUAGCAAUCUAUGCCUAUGAUAAGAGAAAGGAAGUGAUUUACUUUGAUAGCCUGGCGCUGCCAAUCAACUCAAUAAUAGAGGAAAACUUCCUAAACAAAUUCUCGAGGACAAUUAAGAACAAAAAAGCCUAUCAAUCUAUAUUUGAAGAUACUUGUGGACAUCAUUGUAUUUGUUUUAUUUAUUUUUUAUCAAAAGGAUACUCUUUUAAUGACUAUAUAGAGUAUUUGGAAAGAUAUCCUAAAUCAUGUGAUUUAUUAGUGAAAAAAUUUAUGAAUAAAAUGAUUACUUAUUCUUAA